AUGGACUCCGCACAGUUUCGUGAGGCAGCUCGCACAGCCAUUGACGAGAUCACUGAUUACUACGACAAUGUCUCGUCGCAACGUGUGGUAUCGGAUGUCAAGCCAGGCUACCUUAGACCUUUGCUCCCAUCCUCAGCCCCUCUCGAAGGAGAGUCCUGGACCGACAUCCAUGCUGAUAUCGAGUCCAAAAUUCUUCCUGGAAUCACCCAUUGGGCAAGCCCCCGAUUUAUGGCCUUCUUUCCAUGCUCAAGCAGUUACCCUGCUGCACUAGCCGAAAUGUACUCAAAUACCUUCAACGGCGCCCAUUUCAACUGGAUUUGCAGCCCAGCAGUUACAGAGCUGGAAACGAUUGUCAUGGACUGGCUUGCGAAGGCUCUUGGUCUUCCCGAAUGCUAUCUGAGUGGCGGUAGUACCCAUGGAGGAGGCGUCAUUCACGGUAGUGCCAGCGAGGCUAUCCUUACUGUUAUGUGUGCUGCUCGCGAUAAGUAUCUUGCUGCUGUCACGAAGGGCAUGGACGAAGAUGCUGUCUGGGAUGUACGAAGCAAACUUGUCGCUCUGGGAAGCGCUGGGUCCCACUCAAGUACCAAGAAGGCUGCUCAGGUUCUUGGUGUCCGUUUUGUUGCUAUUCCUGUCACCGAAGAGGACGGUUUCGCCAUGACUGGUCGAGCUGUUGCCAAGACGGUAGCUGAGUUACAGGCCCGCGGGUUGGAGCCUUUUUACUUGACGGCUACGAUGGGUACGACUGAUGUCUGUGCCGUUGAUGACUUUGCUGGCAUCGUUGAGGCGUUGUCUCCUACAGCUGGCACAGAGAGAGACAUCUGGGUUCAUGUCGAUGCUGCUUAUGCAGGAUCUGCACUUCUACUCGAGGAGAAUCAGCCUUUGACUACACCAAUGGCUGACUUCCACUCUUUCAACUUCAACCCUCACAAGUGGAUGCUCACUACCUUUGACUGCUCUGCUGUUUGGGUCCGAUCCCGAGCCUGGCUGAUUGAAUCUCUGAGCAUUAAGCCUCCGUACUUGCGCAAUCAGUUUUCCGAUAACGAACUGGUCACCGACUAUCGCGACUGGCAAAUCCCUCUUGGACGUCGUUUCCGAUCUCUCAAGCUAUGGUUUGUUCUCCGCAGCUAUGGUAUUCGAGGAUUGCAAGCACACAUUCGAAACGGAGUUACGCUUGGUGAAUCCCUCCAGACGAAGCUGGCCAGUCGACCUGAUCUAUUUACUAUCUUCACCCCUGCGCGCUUUGGCCUGGUGACCUUCCGCGUCAAGGGACCCGAUGAAAAGGAGAUCAACGCCCGAACAGAAGAACUCUACGAAUGGGUCAACAGAACCGGAGAAUUCUACCUUACUAGUACCAUUGUCAACGAUAAGUUUGCCAUUCGUGUAUGCACUGGCGUGGAGAGGGUUCGAGAGGAGCACGUCCAACGUAUAUUUGAUGUUUUGGUUGAGAGGACCGAAGCGGAUCUGGGUAAAUCUACUAAGAAGUGA